AUGUCGCUUCGUUAUUACGUCUGCGCCGAGACUGGAGAUGACAGCCGAGAUGGAACAAGUGAGACAAGCGCCGUUGCAAACCUUUUUCAAGCAAUGUUGCUUGCUCGAUCGCCAAAGGGAGAUUUUCUCGUGCGAACGAAGAAAGACGAUGGCACGGCGAAAUGGGAAGCUCCAUCGCAAAGUGCAAUAAAGAAAAACGUGAAGAAGUACGAAGCUGAAGUGAAGAAACACGAGAAAGCUCGUGAGAAAGAGGCUGAAGACAAGGAUUCUCAUGCUAAAGCAAUUGAGGAUGCUAAAAAGAUUACUUUUGUCCAAGAUGCCAGCCUACCCAAGCCAAAGUUGAUUCGGAUUCGUGACACCGUACAAAACCGGGAUAUUCGUGUUACACUAAAGGGAUGGGUGCACCGUCUACGGCGUCAAGGUAAAUCAAUGACGUUUCUGGUUCUACGCGACGGAAGCGGCUACAUCCAAUGCCUUCUCACGGACAAGCUUUGCCAAAGCUUUGAGGCCAUCACGUUGGCUACAGAAUCGUCUGUGCAAGUUUACGGAACAAUUAGCAAGCUGCCGGAGGGAAAGACGGCUUUCGACGAUCACGAGAUGCUAGUUGACUACUGGGAAUUGAUUUCUGCGGCGCCUCCCGGUGGAAUCGACAACGUACUCAACGAGGAAGCUGGAGUUGACACUUUGCUUGACAACAGGCAUCUCGUGCUUCGUGGAGAAAAUGCCUCAAGGGUUUUGCGCAUUGGCGCCGCCGUGACUAGAGCAAUGCGUGAACACUUUUAUCACUCUGGAUACACGGAGGUUGCUCCGCCAACUCUUGUGCAAACGCAGGUUGAAGGAGGCUCAACCCUUUUUGGUCUUGACUACUAUGGCGAGCGUACAUAUCUCACGCAAUCAUCGCAACUCUACUUGGAGACGUGUAAUGCUUCGCUCGGUGAUGUGUACACAAUUUCACGUUCUUACAGGGCUGAGAAAUCCCGCACCCGUCGCCAUUUAAGUGAAUACAUGCAUGUUGAGGCUGAGGUCGCGUUUGUGACUUUUGAUGAAUUGAUGGACAAGAUUGAAGACCUCGUGUGUGACACUGUGGAUCGACUUUGGAGUGACGAAACGACCAAAGCUUUGAUACAAUUUGUUAACCCGACAUUUGUUCCACCACAACGACCUUUCAAGAGAAUGGAUUACGGUGACGCGAUCAAGUGGCUCAACGAGCAUGGAGUGAAAAACGAAGAAACGGGAGAAGAUUUCAAGUUUGGUGAAGAUAUCCCUGAAGCUCCUGAACGACACAUGACUGAUACGAUUGGAGUGCCAAUUAUGCUCAACAAGUUCCCGGCCGGAAUUAAAUCUUUCUACAUGGCUCGCUGUGGUGAGGGGAGCGAAUUGACGGAAUCGAUCGACUUGUUGAUGCCUGGAGUCGGAGAAAUUGUUGGAGGUUCGAUGAGGAUUUGGAAGCACGAUGAAAUGUUGGCCGCUCUGACCAAAGCUGGAAUCGAUCCCAAGCCAUAUUAUUGGUACAUGGAUCAACGCAAGUACGGAGGUGUUCCCCACGGCGGUUAUGGUCUUGGAUUGGAGCGUUUCAUCUGCUGGCUGACCGACACUCAUCACAUUCGCGAUGUCUGCCUCUACCCUCGCUUCAUCGGGCGUUGCCAACCA